AUGGCUGAGGUGCUGAGGCUACACGACGGCGAGGCAUUGAUUGCCCGAUACCCCGAAGAGAACCUUGACGUUAAAGAGAUCACGCAUGUUGUCUCUGACACAUACGACUUUCCUGACUACAAUGCCUGCGCCGACGCUCUCAUCCCCGUUGUCAGGCCUACUUGGGUUCAACAUUGCCUUGCGAAGAAGAAACUCCUGAACCCUCGGCAGUACAGUCCUGACCCUCGAUACUUCAUGUCCGAGGUCUGUGUAUGUAUUGCCGAUCUGCCGCCGGGCGACGCAGAUGCGAUAGCUGGCGGGGUGCUGGCGAUGGGAGGUCUCUGGUCACCCAAGCUGACGAGCCAAGUCACCCACAUCAUAUCACUGUCGAUGGAGUCAGAGACCGCCGCCGUGGCGGAGAAGAGGAAACUCAAUGCCAAGGUUGUACUUCCUCACUGGGUAGAUGAUUGUUUGAAACUGGGUAGGAAGAUUGACGAGCACCCUUAUCAACUCCCCGACCCAGAGAUCUUAAAGUCCAUCAACAAGCCACCUAUGGGCAAGCGCAAGACUCCCGUGGAAGGCGCCCUGCAUCCCGAUCCGACACAGUCUGGGCAGGAGCCUACUGCACCGCGCAAGCUGGAAAAGGUCUUCAAAAAGAAGCUGGUCAUGCUCGCAACUGAUUUGGGCAUUUCACCAUAUCUGCGUGGCAUCUUAAACGAGCUUAUCACUGCCGGUGGUGGCAGAGUGACGGACUCUGUCUCAAAGACUGACAUGUAUAUCUGCAAGUAUCGUGAAGGUCAAGAUUACAAGACUGCCUCAAGGGCAGGGAAAGACGUGGGGAACCUGGCCUGGCUCUACUUCCUGAUCCAGACCGACCAGUGGACGUCUCCCAUGCGGCGCAUGUUGCACUACCCUGUCGCAAAAGAGGGUCUUCCUGGGUUUCCAGGCUUGCUGAUAAGCCUAUCAAACUACAGCGGCGACGCCAGGUCAUAUCUGGAGAAUCUCAUCACUGCUACAGGGGCCAAGUGUACGAAAACACUCAAGCAGGACAAUACCCAUCUCAUUACCGCCCACGACACGAGCGAAAAAUGUGCCGCUGCAAGGGAAUGGGGUGUUCACAUCAUCAAUCAUCUCUGGCUGGAAGAGAGCUAUGCUCGCUGGAAGAUGCAGAGCAUAACCGACAAGAGAUACACACACUUUCCUCAGCGCACAAACCUGGGCGAUGUUUGUGGCCAUACACAAUUGGACCGUGGCGUCCUCGAACAGAAGUUUUUUCCUGACGAAGACACUGACAUGACCGAUGCUCCAGCCACCAACCCAAUGGGCCAAGCUAAUCAGAACACAUUCGCGCCGCCGUCUGCAAGAAGAGUCAAGAGCGAACAGAUAUCCAAGACUCCCCGGACCCCAGCCGCCUCCAGAGUUGUUGCGCCUGGCAAGGAGAACGUCACACCAUCCACGACCAACAGUCGUAAGUCAAAGGAAGUUGCAGCGUCCCGACUGCACAUGGCCGCCGAAGAUAUUGCGCUCUACGAGAAAGAGACAAAGCGAAAAGGCGGUGUCAUCUAUGGUGGAAGGCGAAAAUCCGACCCGGAACGAGUUGAGCUCGGUCGAAAACGAUCAAUGGAUGAGAUUGAUGAUGCUGAAACCUCCAACGAUAGUGAUGCGAAGAAAGUCAAGCGCAGCAUCGAUGCUCCUCAGAUGCGGCUCGUCAUUUCCAAGUACGAGAAGUGGAAACAACUCCGCAGCCUCGGAAUCUUGAUUACAACAGACCCCAGCAGGGCCACACACCUUGCGGCCCCGCAUAUCGUCCGGACAAUGAAGUUCGUCACUGCACUUGCUUACGCUCCCCUGGUCAUAUCGACCGAGUUCAUCGACGCUUGCCUGCAGGAGGGAAGGUUGGUCGAUCCAGAGGACUACGUGCUCAAGGACACGCAGAAUGAGAAGAAGUUCCAUAUCUCGCUAAGUGACUCUCGCAAGCGGGCUGAGAAGAACGCCAACCAGCUGCUGCAGGGUCGGUGUAUCUACUGCAUGGAGCAGAUUACGGGUGGCUUCGAAACUUUCAAGGCCAUCGUAGAAGCCAACGGUGGGCGAUGUAUCUUGUGGAGGAACCGCAAAGGCACGACGGUGCCAUCGGGACGAGCAGACAGCGAGGCCACGACUGACACAGAUGCCAAUAACGAUGUGUACCUGCUGAGCGACGAGAAUAAGAGCGCUCCAGGCCUUCUGGCACGCUUCCGAGAGAUGGUCGAGGGUAGCCGCAAAGUGGCCAAAAUUGUGAAGACGGAUUGGAUCCUCGAGACGGCCAUGUCCCAGCAGUUGCGUCCGACGAAGCCGUACGAGCUAUGA